AUGGCGACUCUACUCUAUCGGGCCUUGGUAGUCGCAGUUGUUAUGCCCAGUGUGUACGCGCAACUGAUAGUUAUGAAUGUGGUGAUUGAACAGCUGAUAUCGGCGAUCGAGAGAAAGGAUAUGACAGCAUAUGAAAGGGUAACUCCUCGGUGUUUGAACGAUACGAUACAGUUUGUCGUCGAUUACAGAUACCAUGGUAACAUUAAGACGUACGCUCGGCAAAUGUACUUUUCCAGUGGAUAUUUACCAGCCGAUGGCGAAUUUACCAUGACUAUUAAAGAUUUUGGUGACUACGAUCUUUGUCACGCCAUUAAACCUGAAGUCGGCGUCAAUGGAUUUGGGGGAUUGUAUUGCUUUUCCAAAACAGAUAUUAAACCGCUGUCUACUGUCACUGCAGAUAUUGGAGUAUGUUUUCCAGACUCGUGUACAGACCAAGAUGUGCCAGUGUUUGUGUCUCUGGUCUUUUCAACAAUUCUCGGGAGAAUGCCUAUAUCAUAUGCACCAUGUGCCAGAAAAUACGAUCUAAGAGCAGGUGACUAUGUAGCAAUACUAAUAUGUGUGGUUCUCGCGAUUGUGAUUAUCUCUGGUACCCUGUAUGAUGCACUGAGACGUAGAUGUCGACAAAACACACGGCUCUUACAAACACCAUCACCUAGAAACUACACACUCGAAAGUCAACUUCUUAGCGACGAAGAUGCAGUUGCGUGCCAGUCCAAUUCAGAUCUAGAUAUCCAUAGAAGAGAUAAUCCCAGAAAUUGCGGUAAUAAAUGCAGAGAAUUCGUACAGGGGUGUCUGCUGUCAUUCUCCUUGAUUGAAGUUGGUCACAAGAUGAUGAUUACGGUGCAUGGAAAGAGCAGCAUUGCUUGUCUCAAUGGCAUAAGAGUUCUCAGCAUGUUUUGGAUAAUUCUCUUUCAUUCGUAUCUAUUCCUUGCUCAAUACUAUCCCACGAUCGAUAACUACCGCUAUGUCAUUGAAACAAUGGGAGCCCGCUGGUCGGUGAUUCCCCUUUGGAAGGGCGAUCUUGCGGUUGAAGCCUUUCUUGUACUUAGUGGAUUGUUGGUUAGCUACCUGACGCUAAAACAGUUCGAUCGGUGCGGCGGCCCCAGACAUCAUAACUGGUUCUUGUUCUACUUUCAUCGAUUCUGGAGACUGACACCAGUAUACAUGUUUGUGUUGAUGAUGUACACCACUUUGGUUUUAUACGUGUCAGACGGACCGCUAUGGUGGCAAUGGUACGGAGUGCAAGAAGAAUGUCGAGCUGACUGGUGGCAACAUCUACUAUAUAUCAACAACUUGAUUCCAUUUCCUGGUGACACUGGAGGGUGUUUCGGGUGGACAUGGUACUUGGCCGUGGAUAUGCAGUUGUACGUUCUUAGUCCAAUAUUCAUCAUAAUGUUUUACAAGUCACGUAAUGGUGGUGUAUGUUUGACUACGUCAGCAAUUUGCGUUUGUUUGGCAAUAUCUGCAUAUUUUGCGACUGUGCAGGGAAUGACGUUUGGCGCCGAUACAAAAAAAUACAGGAAACCCGAAUACGACGAAGGUGCCUGGCUGUACACUAAACCUUGGUAUCGCUUACCAAACUAUCUUGUUGGUAUCGUCUUGGGAUAUAUAUUCUUCAAACUGAAUGGAGAAAAGGUCAAGAUAAAUAAGUUCUUGAAUAUCUUACUAUGGGGCUGUGCCUUUGCUAUUGGUUUAGCCGUCGUAUAUGGCGUAGAUACAUCGAUAAGAGGGAUCCACAUAUCACAAGGAGCAGCCGUAUUUUAUGUAACGACUCACAGAUUUGCAUUUUCAUUGGCGAUUGGUUGGGUUAUAUUUGCAUGUACAACUGGGAAUGGAGGACUGGUGAAUGCGCUGUUGUCAUGGACUGCUUGGCUACCACUUGCUCGAAUGAACUACUGUGCUUAUCUUGUACACCUGAUUGUUAUCCUCGUAUACGACUUCAGUUUGAAAUCAUUGUAUUACUAUUCAACCAUGGGAUUCGCAAUGGACUACAUUGGGAUAGUAGUGAUUACAUACGGGGUAGCCUACGUUGUUGCAAUGGUUGUGGAACUUCCUAUGAUCGGAUUGGAAAGGGUGAUAAUACCAUCGAAAUAUAAAAGAACAUAACGAAACAUGUUAGCUUCAAAUCGGAUUUAGGGGCGACCAGACUAUUGUAUUUUUUAUAAGUUUACUUGUAAAUAUAAAUUUAAAUAUUUGUUUAUGUUAUUUCAUUUUGGCGACUUAUUGUCAAACCUAUAUUUUAUUUUAUAUGGUAUGUUUUGUUUGCACUAAAUGUAUGGGUGAGUGUUGUGGAACCAUUUUUUUUCAAUAUGUAAAAGCUUUCUCUUGUUUUGUUCAACAUUUUACCAAUUCAAAAGAAUUAUACUUUGCAGACUUUGUGUCAACAAUCUUUUACCUGUGUGCCUUUUAGUAUCUCUGAGCAAACAAGACUGGGCCACUUUCUAAUCUUUUCACAAAUGUAUAAACACCUGAUUCCCAGAAAGGGGGAAUGACUUCUGUUUCGGAAUCUUAAACAUAAAAGGAACAUAAUGCUACAUCCGUUAAUUAAAAAACCUAACAUUCAAUCAACACUUACUAAAAGCAAUACCGGCUCUGAUUUGGUAAACAAAUAUUGGAUCGGAAUGAAAUGAAAUUAUGAAGAAACCAAACAUUACGUGUUUGGAAAAUAAAGUACCCACUUCAAAUAUUUCUCGUGUAUAUAUAUAUCGUGUUGUGUUGUCUGGGAUACAGUAUUGUAUAUCGAUGAAACCGGCAAAUAUUCGGGAAUAUUGUUGCUGCUAGUGGGGUCAUCGGGUGCCAUAUCCAUACAUUCUAUA